CUUACACAUGUUAUAUAUCAUAUCAAUAUUGCACGUUUAAUAAUUAGUUUACACAAUAAAUAUUGCUGUAUUGACCUUUAAUAUAAAAUACAAUUUAAUUAACUUGAAGAAAUUCAUACCAAUUGUCAAAUACCAUAGUCACUAAUUGCUCAAUUAUAUUGUCUUAAUAUUGUGAUGUUCAUAAUUUUUACUUAAUAUUUAAAAAGUAAUAGUUAUAAUAAUAGGUAGUACAAAUAUUUAUCCUUUCCAUACUGCAUACAUUAAAUUUAAUUUUAUGGAAACAUAAACAUAUGGAAUGAGGAUAUUACUAUUUUAUAAUAACUUGUUUAAAAAUUAAUCAUAUUAUUUACUUUAAUAUUUUAUUAACAUAACUCAUAAGUAUAAAUUAAUUAAUAUUUUUUAAAAAACAUUCAUGACUAUACUAAAGUAAGUAACUUUUAAUACAAAUAUUGUAAUGCAGUCUCUACAAUUAAUAUGUUUUUCAAAACUUUCAAGAUUCUUAUCAAAUAGUUAUUCAUCUAGAACAGUACAUUUUAAUUCUCAUGAUAUAUUUUCUAAAGACAAUUCUUUAAAAUCUGUGAAAUGUUUAAAGUCGUUAUGUCCUGAACUGAACACUGAUGGUAAACGUCAAGCUGCUGUCCUUAUCCCAUUAUGUAUUGUUAAAGAUGAAAUAUCAUUAUUGUAUACAUUAAGAACAAAUAAUUUAAAAAGAAAUAGUGGCCAAGUAUCUUUCCCAGGUGGAAUGCGUGAAGCAGAUGAACAAUUACAAGAUACAGCAUUAAGAGAAUCUUGCGAAGAACUUGGAAUAAGUAAAACUAGUAUUGAUAUUUGGGGAAGUGGUAGAUUUAUUGUUUCUAAAGACAUAGCAAUUAUGCCAUUUUUAGGAAAUAUUGGUGUUAUAGAACCAGAUAAUUUAAAUAUUUGCAAUGAAGAAACAACAUUCAAACAGAAUAAUGAUGAUACCUGUUUACACAAAUGACUAUAAAAGAAUAUGGGGUAUGACUGCUUAUUUGACUUGGAUGGUAUUAAGAUCCAUUAUACCGGAGAAUUUCAAUCAAAAACUUAAUUCAUCAUUAAAUGGAAGAAAUUUAAAAGUAUAAUAAAUGUAUAAUUUAUUAGUUACCAUUUUAAGUCAUUAAUUUAGUAAUAAGAGUCAAAAUAAUUUAUUAUAUUAUUAUGUACACUAUUUUUAGCAUGUACAAUAGAUUUAAUAUCUGUAGUUAUAAUCAUAAUUUAACUUAUUAGUAAACAAAUUGUGAUACAAAUUUUUAAAGUGAAUUUUGGCAAUAUACAAUAUUUUUCUUAUACAUUUAUUUUAUAUUUAAUAAAUUUGAUUUUUUUAUUA